AUGGAGUCCUCUUCUUCCUACACCGGGCGUAGUCGCCGAGAUAGCCCAGUAAAAUAUAUCAGAGGACAAGCUGGAAUAUACAAUAACUCCAAUCGUAUGACAAAGCAACAAUGGGCUUGGGCAGAGGAUGGCAUACAGCAAUCGAAUUACUCCGUAAACUGCAAGGAAGGGAGUCGAUAUUAUACUUUCAAACUCAAUGCGUAUCCUCCCCAAGAUGGAUACGCUUUAGGCCGAUUCGAAGCAAAAGUCUGUAUUGGCCCCGAGGGCAGUAAACAUGAAUACCCUACAUGUACAUGUAGAGACUAUGUCGAAGCCCAAAGGGCCUGUCGCCAUAUAUUCUACAUUCUCGACAAUGUGCUGAGCUACGAGAACCAAGAACUUGAAGAUAUUAAGGGGACAAUGCCCCUUCGUAUCGACGGCCAUUGUCUCCGCUCCCAUACGGGUCCUUACGAUCAAAUAAAGUCCAGAGGACUUUCUUAUAUCGCCCAAUCUCAUAUGUGGAUGUUCUCAGGACCGGGGGAGUGGUCCGUUUCAGAUCAAACCAAAGACAUACUUCGUCACCUAGAUCAAUCCACGGACUAUUCAGCCAGUCACUAUUCAGAUGAAUAUCUCUCUACGUCUCCUUCCCUUGCAGGUGCGGUAUAUCGAUUGGCUAUCUCAAACCCCGAAUUUUUAGCUGACUUACGGAAAGAAGCCCCAGUAGAUCCAUGCUCAAAGUCAUACUUUAGACUUCUUGACCAGCAAAUUGAUUAUGCUUUUAGGAGGUGGAUCAAUUACACCAAGACAGGCUGCCCACGACUCAAUUAUCGAGAUGACGAUACACACCCCGAUAACCUUGGAACUCCAAAUGUACCCUGGAUUGCUGGCCGACUUCAAAGGUUCGUCUACGACAUCGAAAUGGCCACUGUCGAGCGAAGCGAAAUGUCAUACGAAAACUACCAUAGAGCAUUUGGACUUCUAAUUAAAAUGCUUGAAAGCGUCAUAGACAUGGACCUAGAUGCAUCAGAGCUAGACUAUCGACCACGAGUCGAGAUGGCGAGCGGCACAGGAAUGGAAAGGAACUUGUUCACUCGACUAAUUGGGCGUUACUCCCCAGGCCAUCCUAACUUUGCUAUCAGCGUUAUGAGAAGGAUAUCACACGCAGGGCAACCAUUUCUCCCACGUCUUUUAGAUUGCCGCCAGGUAAUCCAUGAGAAAGCCUCGAGGGAGUUUGCCGAUGAGUUUGAAACUCUUUUACAAGAGAUUCAAAGCUAA